CCUCAAUAUUCUGCGAACGUCUUGCCGCGACUCUCGAUACUAACCUCCAGGACAACCAACCCGUCAAAAUGGUCAACCUCCGCACUCAGAAGCGCCUCGCGGCCUCCGUGGUCGGUUGCGGAAAGCGCAAGAUCUGGCUCGACCCCAACGAGACCAGCGAAAUCGCCAACGCCAACUCCCGCCAGACCGUCCGCAAGCUCGUCCAGGAUGGCCUCAUCAUCCGCAAGCCCGUCACCAUGCACUCGCGUGCCCGCGCCCGGGAGCUGACCGCCGCUCGACGAAUUGGCCGACACCGUGGUUUCGGUAAGAGGAAGGGUACCAAGGACGCUCGUAUGCCAAGCCAAAUCGUCUGGAUGCGCCGUCUCCGUGUCCUCCGCCGUCUCCUCGUCAAGUACCGUGCCGCCGGAAAGAUCGACAAGCACCUCUACCACGAGCUCUACCUCCUGUCCAAGGGUAACACCUUCAAGCACAAGCGUGCUCUCGUUGAACACAUCCACAAGGCCAAGGCUGAGAAGGCCCGCGAGAGGGCUAUCCAGGAAGAGAUGGACGCCAAGCGUGCGAAGACCAAGGCGGCGAGGGAGAGGAGGCAGGAGCGUGUCCAGCAGAAGCGUCAAGCUCAGUUUGGCGACGAUGCGGAGUAAACACGGGAUAUCAUGAUGAACACCUGGCGUGGGUCUUUUCAAGGUUAAAGGAGGGCGUCAAUCUCCUUUUUAUCUGGGCAUAUGCGGUCAUGUUUCAUGUUACGUCUGUGAAGGACUCUUCUCUCCAUGCAUACUCGACCGACAAGGCUGCCCUCACUCUGAUCACCGAUGCUAUGAGUGUACCAAAAAGGAUAUGCGCAUCGGAAUUAGAAACCAGUAGUCAAACUUGGAGUUGGUCUGCUUUCA